AUGGUGUCGCAGCUACUUUUCGAACCCUGGCAAGUUGUGAUGUUGAAACACUUUCUUUUGCUAGCGUCGGUGUAUGCUGCCACCACGUCGGCUGUUCCAUUUCCUCAACCUGAUCCUCAAAACCAGGGUGAAUCGUGCCCGACCUGCGAGGUUGUGACCGAAACCAAGACAGUUACUCCUAAGCCGAAUACAGUCACAAUCACACAUACCAUCACCGAUCAUCCUCACCAAGUGACAAAAACAACGGAAAAGCACCUCACGUCGACAAUUGUGAAGCCGCAAACUCGCACUACGACCCUCUACACAACUAAGACGUUAUCCCGUACUGUUCCUUUGACUAUUACGGAUCACUCUACUCUGACCACCACUGAUGUUUUUACCGUGUUUUUAACGGAGCCGGACUAUGAAACUGUCACAGUGCCGGUGACAGGCAUUGUCACUGAUAGAGUUACUGAAGAUAUCACCGAUUAUGCUGCUGCCACAAUCACCGAGUCCUUCACUGAUACUACCACUGAAACAUUUUUCAACACCAUCACUGACUGGUCGACGGUCUAUGUGACGGCAUUCAUCACCGAUCCUGCAACUGCCUAUGUCACUCAACUUCACACCGAAAUUGAAACUGCCUCGGUGACCAAUUAUCAUACCCAGACUGUGACUCUGUCUUUUACUGAAACGGCUGCUGCGACGGCUACUAACACCAUAUCCUCUACUACAACACAAGAGGUGGAUGUUACAUCGACCAAUACACAAACUGAGACUGUUGUUCAAACCGGCUUUGAAACCUCCACCAGUACCAUCCCGGCAACUGUGACCGACUACGCAACUUCAACAUUUGUUACAGUCCAGACGGAUGUCCUGACGCAAACUGCCACCGCCCUGGUUACCGUCGCCCCUGCUGACAAGCGAGAUAUGAUCCAUGAUCGGGCAGGUUUGGUAACUCCAUCUGCACUGAGAGGCAUUCAUGCAACCCAACUAUCUUCUGCAUGCUCCAUCUUAAUCUACGAGGAAUGGGUCUCCACAGACUACAUUACUAAGACACUUGCCAGACCUACAGUCACUAAAACUCUGACCACACAUACUGUGGCACCUGCGCAUACCGUUUAUGUCACAAAGCUCAUCACCGACUUUGUGACUAAAACAGUACCUCACGUACUUACAACAGUUGAAACGAAUACAAUCACAACUGAGGUCGUGAAAACAGUUACUAUUGGUGCUACGUCAACCAUCACCACUUCUUCGACCACUACGGCCACUGAAAUUUCCACAGUAACAGUGACAGUAGAAAGCUCUACCAUAGAAACCGACAUUGUUACCGCCACAGUGAUUAAUGACGUGACAACUUCUACUACCCUAGAUGUGACGGCUCAAGUGACUGCUUCUGUGACCGAGGACGUCACUACCGACGUGACCACAACCGAGAUAACUGAUCUCACAACAACUCAAACUAAUACUGAGACUGUUGAUAUAUCGACCAGCCAGACAAAUACCCAGACUUUCGAUGCUACGGCUACCGAGACAACGUCAGUGACAGCCACGGAGACUUCUACGGCCACUGUCGAUGUAACAGAGGUAGCCACACUUACCUCAACAUCUUCUUUUACCGUCACAACCACUGUACCAGUCACAGUCCAAACCACAAUUGCCAACACUGUCGAUUUAACCAGCACCACCUUUACCACAUCCACUAUCGAUUUGACAGUCACCGAGACAGUCUCAUCGACCACAACGACCACAGUCACUUCGACGACGACUAGCUCCCCAACCUGCGGAGUAAACAUUUUGUCAAACUCCGAUUUCGCCGAUGAAACACUCUCUCCAUGGGUCUUCAGUUAUACUGGAAGCGGAGAAAUGACCUGGGUAUCCGGCGACGACACAACCUAUGCAAUUAACCUCGCGUCAUCGGGCUCUGGCAGCAGUACAGCUGUAAUUCAACAGACCAUAUCUACCGUCUCCGGAGAGACAUACACUUUCACAAUGGACUACAAUCCUAUGAAUGGAAACACCGCUAGCUUCUUGAGGUGCUCAGUCAACAACAGUUAUACAACAACCUACUCGAUCAGUCUUGGCACAAGUAGAAACGCUUGGCGCAGCUACGAAGGCACCUUCUUGGCUUCAUCCUCGAGUACGAUAUUGACUUGCGAAAUAACGACCUCGGUUAUUGCGAGUGUGUAUCUAGACAAUAUCUCUGCUGUUCUGACAUGUUGA